AUGGCGCCUACAUUCCCCAAUCUCACGAUCGAAUCACCAGCCUCGGCCCCAGGCGUGCACGUCCUGACGAUGCACAAGGCGCCCGAGAACCGGCUCAACCAGGCGUACGCGCAGACCAUCAUCGCGGCGCUGCGCUACAUCGAGAGAGAUCUGAUGAAGCCCGACUCCCCAGGAGCGGUCAUCAUCUCGUCGUUUUCGGACAAAUUCUGGUGCACGGGGUUGGAGCUGGACGAGAGCGAUACAAACAUGUUCGCCAACGCCGACGGCUUCUACCCCUUGUUGGCGACCUUGGUGGACUACCCUUACCCGACCAUCGCCCUCAUCACGGGCCACACUUUCGGGGGAGCGUGCCCGUUCAGCCUGUCGUGCGACUACCGCAUCAUGAACAGCAAGCGCGGCUUCAUCAGCAUGCCGCCCGUCAAUCUGGGCCUGCAUUUCGACGGCAUCGGCGCCCUGCCGCGCCUCAAGCUCGCCCCGCAAAUCGCCAGGAAAAUGCUGCUCGAGGCACACAAGUGGACCGGCGAGCAGGCACUCAAGGACGGCAUCGUGGAUGAGAUUUGUGAGCCCGACAAGAUGAGGGAGAGGGCUGUCGAGUUCGCAAAGACCAUCGCUCCCCGCGCCACCAUGGGCGUCUAUGGUUUGUUGAGGGCCGAACUGUGGGGUGAGGCGCUGGACAAGUUCAAGGCCAUCAGCUACGUUCAUAGGAAGCGGGUCGGCACUGCCGCAAAGGCUAAGAUCUAG